UCACUCAGAGAGUAAGACAGAGGGAGUGGAAAGUAAACUUAGUUGAAGAUGGCACUUGGAAGUUUGAGCAGGAAAACCCUAGCGGAGCUUGGUAGAAAUGGAGGACGAUUAGGGUUUGUUCGUGGGUUAAAGACGUUCACGUUGCCGGACUUGCCUUAUGAUUACGGCGACCUGGAGCCGGUCAUUAGCGCCGAGAUCAUGAUGCUCCAUCACCAGAAGCACCAUCAGGCCUACAUCACCAACUACAACAAAGCCCUCGAGCAGCUCGACCAAGCCAUCGCCAAGGGCGACGCCUCCACCGUCGUUAAAUUGCAGAGUGCCAUCAAAUUCAACGGCGGAGGCCAUAUAAACCACUCUAUAUUCUGGAACAAUCUGGCCCCUGUUCAAAAAGGUGGUGGUGAGCCUCCAAAGAAAUCACUGGGAUGGGCCAUUGACAUGCAGUUUGGCUCACUAGACACUCUAAUUCAGAAAAUUAACUCUGAAGGUGCUGCUCUGCAAGGUUCUGGGUGGGUGUGGCUUGCUCUUGAUAAAGAGUUGAAGAAGAUUACUGUUGAAACCACAGCAAACCAGGAUCCGCUUGUGACUAAGGGGUCGACUUUAGUCCCUCUGCUCGGAGUAGAUGUGUGGGAGCAUGCGUACUACUUACAGUACAAAAAUGUGAAGCCUGAUUAUCUGAAGAACAUAUGGAAGGUUAUUAACUGGACAUAUGCAUGUGAAGUUUAUGAGAGAGGGUCUUCUUAAGGCGACAAACAUGGUUAACUGGAGUGACUCAUAGAUUGUCAAGUGUAAGAUUUCCCAGUCUGCAAGGAAUAAGAAACAUUUGUGAAUAUGGGAAUGCAGAAGCUAUGAUAUAAAUAAAUAAAUAUAAUGUACGUUUGUUGUACUUGUGUUUCUGUUUCUUUUUGCCUAAUCUGAGCUCUCACAGAUUUCGUUGCUCAAAUAAGUUGACGCCUGAUGUUCAUAAAUACUCGGCAUUUCAGCUCACUUUUGUGGAUACUUGGUUUCCUUUUCUUGUUCACACGAGUCUGCCUUUAGUUAUUGGA